CCUAUUGAUCAGCAAAAUUUUCAAUUUCACUUUAAAUUCAGUUAGUAUUAAAUUGUUUCAUCUUAAUUAACUUUUGACUUAAUCAUGUCAAAUACCAAUGUCCCCGAAGAGGGUAACCCUCCUGAAGGUGAAGCCUCACAGGCUGAAGUUCCUGGUUCACAAACUAAUGUUACCGGUUCAACCGCUGAAGGUGAAGCUUUUAGUGAAGCUGGUGGUGGUGAGGUGGCUCGUUCUCCAUCGGCUGGUGCUGGUUCAAAGACUGAGGCUCAAGCUCCAGGUUCAGUUCCAGGUUCUACUCCGGGUUCUUCUCCGGGUUCGAGUGCCGGUAAAAGUAAGUCAAAAUCGAAAGGUUCAACUACUGAACAUGCAAGUUCAGCUGGUAAGAAACGAUCUCGAUCAUCUUCACGGAAACGAGGUGAUCUUGAUCUUCCCGAGGCUAAAAUUGGAUUCAUUGGUGCGGGUAAAAUCACUGAGGCCAUUGUUGAAGGUUUAAUUGAUUUCGGUCAAAUUCAGGCCAAUCAGAUUCAUGUUGCUUCUCCUUCGGGUAAAAAUAUGGACCAUUUUAAAAACAAAGGAAUCAAAACUUGUAAACGAACAUUGGAAAUAUUUUCCCGUUUCGAUUGUGAUAUUGUUUUCCUUUGUUUCCAUGGUGCGGUAAUCAAAGAGUGUUACAAAGGUUCACCUGAUCGUCCUCGAGCCUUUUGUACCAAUUAUAUUCCCUACAUGAAGCAUCCUCUUUAUAUACUUUCAUUGGUCUCCCAUUGUUCCAGUGAUGAAAUUCAAAGAACCAUGUUGAAUCCUGAUCAUCCUGAUAAGUAUAAAAUUGAAUUCCAUCGGAUUAUGAUUAACGCUGGUUGUGCUUAUGGUCUUGGUGUUUGUGCCAUUGACUGUGAUCCCGAUUCGAAACAUCUCUCAGCUCCAUUAAGAACCUUACUCUCUCGUAUUGCCAAGUUAGAAUUUGUCCCAAAAGAUCAGAUUGAUGCUGCUUGUGCCACCGGUGGUUAUGGUUUAGCUUUCGCUUAUUAUUUCAUCUCCGCCAUGGCUGAUGGAGCCUUUAAGGUUGGUCUUAGUCGAGAUAUGGCUAUUCGUUUUGCCGCUAAAACUUCACAAUGUGGAGCUCAAACUCUUCUUGAAUCGGGUGUCCAUCCAGAUCAACUUCGUGAUUCCGUUAUUGCUCCUGGUGGGGCGGCCAUUGAGGGUAUCCAUUCAUUGGAAAAAACUGAUUUCUCCUUUGCGGUAACAUCCGCCAUCGAAGCAGCUUAUCAAAAGGAAAAAGAUUUAGCUGAUGCUAAUUGAAUAAUCCAAAUCCAAAGACAAUUAACC